AUGACAAACCAUCUGAAGAGUCAGUUUAUUCGACACUUAUUUGAUUCAGCCAUUGUCGAAGCACUGUCCCUUCUUCAGUUAACCCUAGAUGAUGAUGAAGAGGGAGAUACGUUGGUACUCGAGUGCAUCACCACAUGGCAGGACAUUCUUGCUGAAAUCAAUAUUUGGCGACAAAUACAGAAGAACGGCGAAACACAGCUGAUAUCGCACAACACGAUACCUGAAGAGGAAGAGCUAGACGACGACGACGACGACAAAGAAGAAGAAGAAGAAGAAGGAGGAGGAAGAGAAGAGGAAGAGCAACAAGAUAUUGACGAAAAGCAAAAGAAAGAGCAAGAGAUAAGAGAUUUCGAAGAAACAAUCGACGAUAAAUUAUCCGAAAUGAAUGAUUCUGGAUCAGGCUCUAUGAUUCAAGAGAAUGAAAUUCCAGAUUCCUCAACUUCUCUACUUACUCAGCCUUACCUUCCACCCCCUCCUCCGCCUCCACCGCCAAUUAAUUCAUUAUCAACACCUAUGUCUAAUAUUCCACCUCCACCUCCACCACCUAUCUUCAAUGUUUCUGGUCAACCAGGUCUGCCACCACCACCACCUCCUCCAGCUUUUGGCAAAUCAUUCACUCUAAACCAACCGAAGAUAGAACUACCAGAGUCUAUGAAGCCGAAGAGAGUUCCAGACAAAACAUUAAAAAUGAAAACAUUGAUGUGGUCGAAGUUAGCACCAAGUGUAGUCGUCGGAGAAGGGAAAGACAGCGUUUGGAGCCGAUUGGCUAAUGAAUCCAGAGGUUUCUCCCUGGAUUUCGAAAUGAUUGAAGGAAUGUUUUCACUUGCCGCGCCCGCUCAAUCUGUUCAAGAGCCUACAGCUUCUACGAAUCGGCGAAAAGAUACUGUUGUGGACUUACUAUCUCCGAAAAGAAGUCAGAAUGUUUCAAUUACACUGAAACGCUUUAAGGAUUUGGACGGCUUAAUAACUAAUCUACAACAGAACAAUCAUGAAGCGUUUGAGGCAGAAACCUUGAAGACGCUUAAGAGCAUCCUACCAGACACAGAUGAGAUUGAAGCUCUUCAAAGGUAUUCUGGAGACAUUAAUAUGUUGGCACCACCUUGUUCAUUUUUUCUUCAAAUUCUUAAUAUAUCAGAGUACUCAUUAAGAAUCGAUUGUAUGUUAUAUCGUUCCGAGUUUACACGGGUUAUAGAGGAAACAGUGCCACAGUUGAAUCUUUUGUUAAAAACAUGUACAGAAUUAUCGGAAUCUGAAGCUUUACGUAGAUUGUUGCUGGUGUUAGUGAAUAUUGGAAAUUAUUUGAAUGGAUCCACAGCUCAUGGCAAUGCAGCUGGCUUCAAGUUAAACUCUUUAUGGAAAAUGAUAGAUUUGAAAGCAGCGAAAGGUGGCUCAACCUUACUUCAUGCCGUUGCUAAGAUGGAUCAAGAUUUGCUGAGUGAUUUAGAGAGUGAGCUGUCUACAAUCCAACAAGCUACGCUAAUAUCUACGGAAGAGCUGAAAUCCAGUCUUAGACAGUUAGGUGAUCAAGGAAAUAAGCUCAAAAAGAUAUUGGAAGACCGCAAGGAAGAAACCUUUGAAGAUACUUUGAACUUCAUCAAUACAUCAGCUGAAGAUCAGAUGAGGGCAGCCACCAGUUCUUUAGAGGAACUUUUGGAGAAAACAGAGCAUCUCGCUAAUUACUUUUGUGAAAAUCCGAAAAAUUUCAAACUAGAUGAGUGUCUGAUGAUUUUCAAUAAUUUCAUCAAAAGAUUACACGUAGCUGUUCAGGAAAAUAAAGAACGUGAAGAACGAGCUGCGAAAAAGUCUCACGUCAUUCUUCAUCAUGAAGAUUCUUUGACACGCGAGGGAAAAGAAAAUCCGGAUUCUUUCCAAAGAUCGGAAUCGUAUGGUCAACAGCAAUUGCUGUACCAGACUUUAGAAGCUGGAUCACAUACUUCAUGGUCUCGAAGACGUAGUUCACAACGAAAUAUUCUUGACCAAGCGAGAGAGCGUGCUGACGGAGAGAGCAAACUUCGCAAGAUAUUCCGAGACGCAGACUCUGAAGAGAAAAAAGCUGAUAAAACUAUGUGCGAGAGUGAGAACAAAACCCUGCUCUCACCCGAUAUGCCUCGAUUUGUUCGACGACCUCGUCUAUCUGUACACUAUGAGAAUACGAGUGAUCUUACUGAUUACAUUCAAAGUCUUCAGGGAUGUGGCAUUCCUCAAAAGAACAACUCGAUUCCUGAAAGUACAGAAGUGGAAGAUAGUAUAUCAGUCAGUAUUCCAAGUGAAUCAGACGGUUGCGUUUCGACACCUGGAUCCUCCCCGAAAAGCGCAUCUGAUGAAGGCUUCGAAUCUGAAAAGGAUAAAGAUUCUCUGAACAACACCUCUCCAAGGACUCUUUCUGAAGAAAAGAAAGCUACAUCAUCAAAAGUAGCCAGCUCUUCUAACGGAACAGAGGAGAAAUCAACAAGAUUAUUGAAGGUACCGCGACUGGUAUCAGUAACAACCUCGCCCAUCACAUCAAAGAUUUCUCCUCCGAAAGGAACUGCGACGAGUCAACUUGCUAAAAGAAGUCAGAGGACACCUCUACAAAAGCAAAAAGAUGUUGAUACAAUGAAACAGCAAAUCAAAGAAAGGAUGGAUCGUCCCACUGAAAAGGCUUCCGUUACUAAGAUUGCAAACGCAAGCAGUAGUAAGCUCCGUCAACCUCUCGCCGAGAAAACUAAUCCACCAAACGUCGCUAAAAUUUCUCCUAAACCCAAUAAUACCUUCGCUUCUCCACGCAGAAAUAGUAUGGCCGUACAGAGAGCUAUUUCAACAACAACGAUGUCAGCCACAUUAAAAACUCCGCUAAAUCCCAAAUUAGUCAGGAAGAAUUUAUCAACUGAUAAGUCUGCUCCUAAACCAAGUGUACUAAGAAAACCAUCUACCUCUGCCUAUUCAAGUAAUCGACCAACAAUAACUACUUCUAGCUGUCGUAUUGGUUCAUCUUCCUCUUCUAGCAAUAAUUCUUCAGUUGAUUUGAAACUACCAUCGGUCUCUACUAGUUCACGACCUGCUUUGAUCAAAACUGGCUCUGUUAAUCAACGUACUAACAUCCAGGCACUGGAAACAUUAGAAAAACCUAAACCAUUGAAGAAAACUGUACCUACAGCUGGAGAGAAAAUGAAACCCAAUCUGACAUCACCUGCUACAAGUCGUACUGUGCGCACUUUAACAGGAAUCCCCAAGCCGCUAGGAAGUUCAUGUAGACCGAAAUGGGUGUAA